AUGGGUUGCAUUCAGUCCAGCAAGCGGCGGAGGUUCACGCCGCCGUGGGGGCUGCGCAAGCUGAAGGCGGAGAACGGGUACAACGGCGGCGGCGGAGGCGAUGACGACGAAAAGAAGAAGAAAGGUGGCGGCUUCAAUAACAAUGGGGACAAACUUUUCAGCAGCAGCCACUACGAGAGUCACCACGAUCAAGUGAUGAAGCCUUUGGAGGAGAUUAUUGUUAACGAUGAUGACAAGAAGGGGACUAUUAUUAAUGGUGAUCCUUCCACCACCGUUGUGGCCGCGGCGGGGAAGGACGCCGGCGGCGCCGGCGGUGGUGGUGGUGGGAGCAAGUCUCAGAGGGUUGUGUUGAAGAAGAUUGGUGGGGAGGAUUAUGUUGAUGGAUGGCCAAAGUGGCUUGUUGACAAUAUCCCCAAAGAUGUGUUGGCUAGCUUGGUGCCCAAGAGUGCUGAUUCUUAUGACAAGCUUGCCAAGAUUGGUCAGGGGACAUACAGCAAUGUGUACAAAGCUCGAGACAGGGACAGCGGCAAGAUUGUUGCCCUGAAGAAGGUCAGGUUCGACACGUCGGAGCCGGAGAGCAUCAAGUUCAUGGCCAGAGAGAUCAUGGUGCUCCAGAAGCUCGACCAUCCGAACGUCAUCAAGCUCGAAGGGAUCGCCACUUCGAGGAUGCAGUACAGUCUGUACCUCGUCUUCGACUACAUGGUGUCCGAUCUCACCAGGAUCAUCUCUCGCCCUUCUCAACGACUCACCGAGCCACAGGUGAAGUGCUACAUGAACCAGCUUCUUCUGGGGCUGCAGCACUGCCAUGAGAGAGGGAUUCUGCACAGAGACAUCAAGGGUUCCAACCUGCUGAUAGACAAGAAUGGGAUGCUGAAGAUUGCGGAUUUCGGGCUGGCCAAUUUCUACGUCCCGAAACCGAAACGACCGCUCACUACGAGGGUCGUCACGCUCUGGUACAGAGCUCCCGAGCUGCUGCUCGGAGCUACCGAUUAUGGCGUCGGGAUUGAUCUUUGGAGUGCCGGUUGCUUGUUGGCUGAGAUGUUCGUCGGGAGGCCCAUUAUGCCCGGCAGGACUGAGGUUGAGCAAAUCCACAGGAUCUUCAAGCUGUGUGGGUCGCCGGCAGAGGACUACUGGAAGAUCAUGAGGCUUCCGACGAGCUUCCGGCCACCGCAGCACUACAAACCGACCUUCCAAGAAGCCUUCAAGGACUUCCCAGCAUCCUCCCUUGCCCUCCUCUCCAGUCUCCUCUCCCUCAACCCUUCUUAUCGUGGCACUGCCGCCUCUGCCCUCCAAAGCCAGUUCUUCACUACAAAUCCAUUGGCAUGCGAGCUCUCUGGUCUGCCAGUCAUCCAGAAGCCAGAGGAUGAAGCAGCCAAGUCCAAUACUCGCAAGAAACGCAAGAAACCAAAGAAGAAAGCCGCCACUGGACAAACCAGUGAAGGUAGCAGCAAGAAGCAAUCUGGUUCCAUGGGGAAGGAUGAUGCGGAUCAAUCUCCCAAAGAGCUGGAGAAGAUAUCAGAGGAAGAAAGCACAACACACAGCCAAGACACAGCUACAACGAUAAGCGUAUUCAGCCAGGAGGCAGGAGGGAACAGCACGAGCAGUAGUACCUCUUCCAGCCUGAAACCAGUGCGAGAAGAAGAACAGCAGCAGCUGCUGCUGCCGACGAUGAACCAGCUCGCUGGACGCAUCCACCCUUCUUUCUCUCCUGUGGGUCUCCCGCAGCUUCAGGACCGGUCAGCACUACGAACCGAGGCACACCCCAGUGCCUCGAAGAACAUCCAGAACAACUUCACCCUUCUGCAGGCCUCCGUCUCUGACAUCCUCCAUCACCAUCAUGGGUGUGGUGGAGGACGCAGCGCUGCUGCGGAUGGCCCGGGGAUGCAGCACUACCGCCGGUCGCUGUCCACUCUCGACUUCUGUGCUCUUGAUCCUGACAAGAUAUCCAAGCUCUUCGGGCUCGAUGAUGAUCAUCGAGGCCACCUCGUGAACAAGCCACGGUUUGAUGUGUAGCAGACAAAUUUGAUUGAUUGAACAAAACUCGGUUUCGUUUUCUCCAUUUGUGUUUCUUAUUGGGGGGUGUUAAAUGUUUUUUUUGCCAUAAACGAAUAAAGAAUAUAAACUUGGUCCAUUCAAGUUUAUACCUUCUAGUAUUGAAUUGCUUGGGUACUGUGUUCUUCAGAAUUCUUCAUUAGCACAGGAACAAUACGGAUUCAAACCCAGCCUACCGAGAAUUCCGUCGUAGCAAUGUCUCGAGUAUUGCCAGACAACAAAGCUACAUGAUAGGUCUAAGUAUCAUGAUGGCAGGCAGCUACUUAAACUGCUAUAUGUCCUGCCUAGUGGGAGUUCAAAAAGGAUGACAAACAAAAACCAUCAGAUUGAUCAAAAAGCUUGAAUCGAACUACUUACAGACGCUGACGGUUUUCAAUCUCCAUCUCCCCGAGAAAGGGAGGGAUGGAUGGAUCAAAGAGAGCUUGUGAUGGACAAAAGGGGGUAAAAACAGAGGAAGCAGAAGAAGACAUCGAAACGCACACCAAACUACUUUUCAAUCCUGGAAGUAGUCAUCAACAAACUUGCUCUUGAUCCACUUGAAGCUGUUUCUGAGAGAAGAUUUGAGCUUACCUUCCUUGGAGUAGAUGUUGUACUGAGCCACCCUCUUCCUCCUCUUCAGCUCUGGAUUCUCACUCACAAAAUCACCAGCCUUCUCACCUGAACCAGGAUUCAUUGGGCCGUUGAAGCUGUAGGAUUUCGAAUUGUCCUCGAAUUCCGCCCUCCUCAUCGCCGAGUAACCUGAAAAAGAUUUGCUCUUCUCCAUCAUCAUCACAAUACCCAAUAGUAGAUGUCAACUACAGCAGCUAUCCCUCCACCUAUCUAUCUACCUAGAUGGGUCUCAUGUUUCAGAGGACACUGAUUUUAUAUAUAGUCACUAGUGAGGGAAAGGUAGACAAGAGGGAGAAAAAAAAAAAGGGCUAUGAAGGGAGUGGAGUUGAUGUGUGUAGAUAUAAUGACGUGAUUGAAGAUCAAAUGAUGAUUAGGAUGGUGACUCGUGCAAGAUUCUUCUCUAUUCUAAUCUUGUUGUUUUGAGUAUUCUAUUUUUCUUCUUUUCUGGGUUGUUAGUUCCUUUGGUUAUAGAUGAUAGAAUUGGCAGCGGAGUAGGUAAUGGAGGUGGUGGUGGAAUGAGAAAGAGGGUAG